GAGGGUCUGGAAGGAUUCCGCACCGAGCCUGGUCGUCAGGGAAAGAGCAUUGACUUUGAAGUCGGUAGACCUGGGGUGCAGGGGAGGGGGGGAAGUACACUGAACAUGGAGUCAGGAACACUCAGGAUUCUAGCUCCUCCUCUGACAGUUACUGACACCACCCUGCCCCUGAAUUGUCAGACGGCGUCUGCCUCUCUGAAGUUUGCAGUGAUUUCCUUUCCAGCCUGGCCUUAUCUUGGUCCGCACGUUGCUGCCUCUUGGUGACUAAUAACACAAUAACAUUGUCUCAGGAUAGAAAAAAAAAAGUAGGAGCUGUUUACUCGCUCUAUGGGGGUUCAGUAUAAAAAGGAGGCAGAGAGCUGUCCAAGCCAGACAGGCUUCUGCAUGAGCACUGGAAGUCUCUGAAAAGAUCGUUGGGUUUCUAGUGCAGCUCACUGGACGAUCGGGGAAUUUUCAGACCUUUUGGAUUGUCUGUCUUCUCUCCCGGCACAGGCAGAAGCAGAAGCAUUUCUUUUUCUCUCCUUCUGGGCACCCAGACUGAAGAAAGAACUUUGGGGGUCUGAAUAUCAGAAGUAGUUCAGGGUGAAACUGAAGUUGUUUUUGUGCGUUUUAAUUUGAGCUUAGUUGGCAGAGGAGGCAUUUUCAGAAUGGAUUAUUUCCAGAUGAUUUUCUCCCUGCUGUUUGUGGUUUUCCAAGGAGCUCCAGAUACAGCCUUUGGUGCUGAGCUCCGCACAGGAGCCCAAGCUGGUGGGGACAACCGACCUCCCAGUGCACCCUGGAGGUCUCACCGGUCUAAACGCUGCUCCUGCUCAUCCUUGUUGGAUAAAGAGUGUGUGUACUUCUGCCACCUGGACAUCAUCUGGAUCAACACUCCCGAACACACAGUUCCAUAUGGACUUGGAGGCCCUUCUCGAUCCAAACGAUCCCUAGAAGAUUCACUUCUUACCAAACCAGAAGACUCCAGGAAGAGAUGCCAAUGUGCCAGCCGAAAAGACAAGAAAUGCUGGGGCUUUUGCCAAGCAGGAAAGGAACUCUGGACUCAAAAUACUCUGAAGAAAGCCUGGAAUGAACCUAAGAAAGGAAAAGACUGUAUUGGCCAUGGACUGAAGUGUGUGCACCAGCAGCUUGUGAACAAGAAGAAAAUGAGAAGGUUGGAGGCCAUCAGUAAUAGCAUCAAAGCAUCCUUUCACAUGGCAAAACAGCGGGCUGAGAUCCACAAAGCAAAGAGAGUAACCCAUAACCGAGCACAUCAAACACAAAGCAUUUGGGACAGUCUGAAGACAGCAUCUUAGUUAAGAGAUCUCUGUGGUUCAUCCUCAUGUACUCUGGCUGGCAUGGCAGCAUCUUCUCUGCUUUGGCCAUUCUUUGUUCUAGAUUGGCAAAGGACUGGGGCUCCUUGUUCCAAUCAUUCCAAGAAAGGUAGAGGAGUCCAUAAAAUCUGUCUUCAUUUGCUUCCGUUAGCAAUGAAAAGCUUUGCUCCUCCUCAUCCAGGAAUGUAAAUGGAUGGUUGACUGGGGGCCAAUCUGGGAGAAAACAAAGACUAAGUAAUACAUUAAUUAGUGAUACAUCUGUCAGGAGGAGGAGAGGAGACAACACAUUUGGAUGGAGCUUCUGAAGAGAGGGUCCGAAGGGGAGUGUGUGUCUGACUCAAAUGUCUGGCAGAUUGCAGGGAGAAACUCCAAAGCUCCAUGAGAAGAUUUUGCAAGGAAUGCACAAAUUGGAAACACAUGCCAUGGAGAGACACCCAAGUUAGAAAUCAAAGAUACUCUUUUUUCAAUUCAUAAAAAAUGCAAAGCUGAAAGAAACUGUACUACUGUAUAUCAGGAUGUGUUUCAUGAAUACGAGUCUACCUCACCUGUAUUGCACUCCUGCAGAAGUAUUUCACCACCUUGUUUUGCCUUUACUCAUUGCUCUCUGCUUCCCCUUUCCCUGUCCCCUCCCAAAUAAAACCCAUCCUCUGGCCUCAUAGAAGUCCAGUUUGAUAAAUAGUAGACAUCACAUUUUGGUGAUGAUCUACUCCAUUUGAUGCAUAUGAGAAAAGGUCACUGAUACCCUUAGUUUCCUCUUUAUUGUAAAAGUGCUGAUAAAGAGUUUGUGAAAAAUGCUAAAAGGUGAAAAUUGGUUAUACUUUAGAGCAGCAAAAUCAUUUACCUUAUUGGAACUGGCUAAUGGAGGUUGAAUUAAAUUUUGUGAUGUACUUAUUUUUUUAUAGAUAUUUAUAUUCAGACAAUUUAUUCCUUAUAUUUACCAUGUUAAAUAUAUGUUGGGGCAGGCCAUAUUGGUCUAUGCAUGGUUUAUGUAUUUCUGAAUGAAAUUGAAAUUGAGAAAUGCUUUUUGCCUGUCAAGGUAACUGAC